AUGGAGAAAAAGAUGGAGAAGUUGCUGGAAAGGUCAACCAAGUCUACAAGGAAGGCGACAGGCCUAAGGUAUGAUGACCUGUGCAUGCACCCGGAUCUAGACCUACAAGAAGGGUUCAAGAUCCCGAAGUUCAAGAUGUUCAAUGGGACAGGGAACCCCAAACCACACCUCAAUUCAUACUGUGAACAGUUAGUCGGAGUAAAGAAGAAUGAACCCCUGAUCAUACGAUUGUUCAGUCGCAGCUUGACAAGUGAGGCCGUAGAAUGGUUCGCCACCCAGGACAUGCGACAGUGGCUCCGUUGGGAAGAUAUGGCAGAAUCCUUCAUGGAGAGGUUUCGGUUCAAUAUCGAGAUCGUGCCAGACCGCUACUACCUUGAAAAGGUCAAGCAAAAAUCCAUGGAAAAUUACGGAGAAUUCGCCAGCAGAUGGAGGGCUGAAGUGGCCCGCGUGCAGCUGGCCAUGAACGAGGGGGAGCUCGUUUUCGUGUUUAUCAGGUCACAAGAGCCAGAUUUCUAUGAUAGGAUGUUGUCGAUGGCUGGAAGACCGUUUUCCGAGUUGGUGAAAAUGGGAGAAGCCAUAGAAGAUAGCCUUUAG